UCGCCUGCAGCUGCAGGUUUCCUCAGCAACCAUUUUGUUGGAUUGAUGGAAAUAAAUUGUUAUUAGGCAGCGUGUUCAUGCAAUUUGGUGACCAGGAGUUAGUCUUGUCUCUGUUUGUGUUGAAGUUUCGGGUUUUUGCUUCUUAUCCCAAAGUUUUAAUCGAGCCUCCCUUGGUCGCCUUUUUCAGAACACUGAUUUUCUGCAGCUUCGGUUCUCACUUUUGGUGCCAUGGGGAAAUAGCGAAAUGAUGUAAAUCGUUCGAAGGUUGAAACAUUACCACGGUGGUGCAGUGAUUUUACACUUGUUGAGCUCCACAGACAUAUAUUUAUGAAUAUACAUUGAUGGAUCUCUCCCACCAGCAUGAAAAGAUACCCCAUUGUCCUUUCUUCAUGCUGUCGUCGAGUAUUUUCGCCCUACAUAUGGUGUAAUUCAAGCAAGGGUAAUAUAUCAUUUGUUCGGUUUUCAAGUUCUUAUGGGUUUGGACUCUCAGGCAUCAGGCCCUUUCCUGAUUUUUCACCAAAAAAGCCUUCCAUAAAAGACUCUGAAUUCGUGCACCGUAUAUCAACUAUUAUCAAGCAACGGCGCUGUGAACCCUUUCGCCAGAUUUUGAGGCCAUUUGAAUCGAAAUUCAGCCCCGACCACCUAGUUUGGGUUCUCAUGGAUAUAAAAAAUGAUUAUGGGUUAGUUGUUGAUUUAUUUGAUUGGUCAUGUAUCAGAAGGGGUCCAUCACUUGAAGCACGCUGCAUCCUGAUUCACAUUUCUGUUGCUGCGAAAGAUCUGAAGAUGGCUCGGAAACUUGUUCAUGAUUUCUGGGAAGAACCCAACAUUGAUGGCAAUGCCUCCAUCUCACAGUUCCUUCAGAAAUUAAUUUAUACGUACAAGAAUUGGGGUUCGAAUCCAUAUGUCUUUGACUUGUUCUUUCAAGUACUUAUUGACAACGAAUGUCUUGAUGAUGCAAGAAAGCUCUUUGAUAAGAUGUUGUGUUAUGGUGUGGUUCUCUCUCUUGAUUCUUGCAAUAUGUUUCUUUCUCGACUGUCAAAAGACACUGAUGGUCACAAAAUGUUGCUAAAGGCGUUCCUGGAAUUUUCUGAACUAGGCAUUCAGUGGAAUACGACAUCGUAUAAUAUAGUUAUGCACUCCCUUUGUCAGUCAAAGAACAUCAGAGAAGCUCAUAACCUACUUUUGCAAAUGGAAUCAAGAGGUUGCAUUCCUGAUGUUGUCAGUUACAGUACUAUAAUAAAUGGAUAUUGUUCUCAGGAAGAACUUCAUUCAGUGCUAAGAGUCUUUGAACAUAUGCAACAGAAAGGAUUGAAGCCAAAUGCAUAUACCUUCAACAGUAUAAUUCUUCUUCUUUGCAAUAUGGGUAAACUUUUAGAUGCAGAGAAGGUUUUAAGGGAGAUGAUUUCUCUAGGUAUUUUUCCGGACAACGUAGUCUACACCACACUCAUUGAUGGAUUUAGCAAAUUGGAAAAUGUUGCUUCUGCAUUCAAAAUGUAUGAAGAAAUGCAGAAUCAGAACAUUUUUCCUGAUUUUAUUACGUAUACUGCUCUAAUUUGUAGCCUGUGUCGGAAUGGAAAAAUAGAAGAAGCAGACAGAUUCUUUCAUGAAAUGCUGAAUAAUGGUUUAAAACCAGAUGAAUUUACUUACACGACACUUAUUGAUGGCUACUGCAAAACUGGUGACAUGAAAAAGGCAUUUUCACUUCACAACGAGAUGAUUCAUGCGGGAUUGGUUCCAAAUGUGGUUACAUACACUGCUCUGGUUGAUGGGCUCUGCAAACAGGGAGAGGUUGAUACAGCAAAUGAACUUCUUCAUGAAAUGUGUCGAAAGGGGCUAGUCCUUAAUAUCUACACAUGCAAUGCACUUCUUGAUGGACUCUGUAAAUCUGGGGAUGUAGUGAAUGCAGUGAAGUUUAUGGAAGAUAUGGAGGAGGCAGGGAUAUUGCCUGAUGUUUUUACCUAUACUACUCUUAUGGAUGCCUAUUGCAAAUCUGGAGAAAUGAAUAUUGCACACCAGCUGCUUCAUGACAUGUUACAGAGGGGAAUCAAACCAACUGUGGUUACAUUCAAUGUUUUAAUGAGUGGCUUUUGUUCGUCUGGUAUGCUAGAAGACGGUCAGAAGCUUCUGAACUGGAUGUUGGAGAAGGGCAUAAUGCCUAAUGCCACCACUUACAAUUCUCUUAUGAAGCAACAUUGUAUUAGAAAUAAUAUGCGAGCUGCUGCUGAAGUUUACCGGAGCAUGUGUAAUCAGGGUGUAGUGCCCAAUGAAAACACUUAUAACAUAUUGAUACGAGGGCAUUGCAAAGCAAGAAAUAUGAAGGAAGCAUGGUUUUUACACAAGAAAAUGGUUGAGAAGGGAUGCAAUCUGAUGCCUGAGACCUAUAAUGCACUAAUCAAAGGAUAUAUAAAAAGAAAGAAGUAUAUAGAGGCCCAAGAACUCUUCGAAGAGAUGAGAAUGAAAGGUUUAUCUGCAGAUAGAGAACUAUUAUUCAAGUUUGCAGACAUGAACUAUGAAGCAGGGGAUAUUGAUCGCACUUUGGUUCUAUGUGAUGAAGUGGUGGAGAGGUGUCUUGUUAAUAGCAAAAAUGAUCAGACUCAAGUCAAAUAGUGGCUUUUUGUCGUCAUGUGGAUUUCAUCUUCACAUUUCAGUGUUGAACCACAGGAAACUUGUAGUUAAGGGCUUGGGUAAAGUCUUCCUUUUGAGCUUUUUGUUAUUAUUAUUAUUAUUUUAUAAUUAUUACUAUUAUUCUUUUGGUUAUAAAGUUUGUUGAUGUUCUUUGAUAAAUGACAAUAUUCGCUUCACACUGUGAUAUUACAUUACUCGACCAUUGGGUGCAUUGUACCACUUAUCCUAGUUGAAAGGUUGUUUGCUUUCUUGUGCAUAUUAGAUUGCCAGCAGUGUGUUUGUUUAAUAUAUAUAUAUAUAUAUUUUGAUCCGUAUGUUUGUUUAAUAUUAGCUGUACAAUCUAUAGUAUAGAUGCAUUGAGUAUGAGGUAAUACAUGUAUAAACCUCUUUGAGAUCUAUGGUAAUGCACUGUUAAAUGCCUAAUCAGGGUUCUUUGUUGAU